CUCUCGGCGAGUGGCGGCGGAGCGUCGAGCUGCGGCCGGUCUGUGCCGUCUUGUGUUGAGGAAGAGGAGGAGGAGGCGGAGGAGGAAGAGGAGGGUGAGCCUCUGGACUGAUGUCUCUGGCUGUCAGGAACCUGAAGUGUCUGUCGCCGGUCAUGUGCCAGUGUAAGGUCAUCUGCAGCAACCGGACCCUGUCGCUCAUGUUCGGGUGCAAGAAGUACAGGUACCAGGAUGAGGAGACGCCCCCCUUGGAGCACAGUCCAGCACAUCUGGCUCCAGGAAAAAGUGCAGAGAUGCUUCAUAUGAGCGACAAGAACCUUGCUGCCAUGGAGGCCAUACAUGGCUACACGCCACACACACAUAUCUCUCCUGUCAAGCCUGUGUUGAUGUCUACGGGACACACUCCAAUGUACACCUCAGCUGUUUCCACACUGGGAAAUACUCCUCCAAUGGUGGUGAACACCGACACGCUCGACGGUUCCCCAUAUGUGAAUGGGAUAGAGGGGGAAAUCGAGUAUGAAGAGAUCACACUGGAGAGAGGUAACUCAGGCCUGGGCUUCAGCAUUGCAGGGGGAACAGACAACCCUCAUGUGGGCGAUGACCCCAGCAUCUUCAUCACCAAAAUCAUACCCGGAGGAGCGGCGGCUCAGGACGGACGGCUGAGUGUGAACGACUGCAUCUUAUUUGUGAAUGAUGUUGACGUGCGGGAGGUGACACACAGCCAAGCUGUGGAGGCUCUGAAGGAGGCAGGUGCUAUCGUCCGCCUUUACGUUCUCCGCAGAAAACCGGCGGCUGAGAAAGUCACAGAAAUCAAACUCAUCAAAGGGCCUAAAGGACUGGGUUUCAGCAUCGCCGGAGGGGUGGGAAACCAGCACAUACCAGGAGAUAACAGUAUCUAUGUCACCAAGAUUAUUGAAGGCGGAGCGGCUCAUAAAGAUCAACGUCUGCAGAUCGGGGACAAGAUCUUAGCGGUGAACAGCGUGUGUCUGGAGGAUGUGAUGCACGAGGAUGCGGUGGGGGCUCUGAAGAACACAGCCGAGGUGGUGUACCUCAGGGUGGCCAAGCCCAACAACCUGUACCUGACCAACUCCUACAACCCUCCAGACCUCACCAGCACAUAUUCCCAUAUGGACACUGAACUCAGCCACCCCAACUAUCUUGGCUCAGAUUACCCACAAGCCCUUACUCCCACCUCACCUAGUCGGUUUUCUCCUGUUCUGCACGGCAUGAUGGGAGAUGAUGACAUCCCCAGGGAGCCUCGCAGAGUUCUGAUCCACCGAGGCUCCACAGGUCUGGGGUUCAACAUUGUCGGGGGCGAGGAUGGAGAGGGAAUCUUUAUCUCGUUCAUCCUGGCAGGAGGGCCAGCGGACCUCAGCGGAGAGCUGCACAAGGGCGAUCAGAUCCUCAGUGUGAACGGCGUGGACCUGCGCAUGGCGACUCAUGAACAGGCAGCUGCAGCGCUGAAGAACGCCGGCCAGACGGUGACCAUCAUCGCUCAGUAUCGGCCCGACGAGUACAGCCGCUUUGAAGCAAAGAUCCACGACCUGAGGGAACAGCUGAUGAACAGCAGCAUGGGCUCGGGGACCACGACGCUAAGGAGCAACCCAAAGAGAGGCUUCUACAUCAGGGCUCUUUUCGACUAUGAUAAGACUGCGGACUGUGGCUUCCUCAGUCAAGCGCUGGGCUUCAGGUUCGGGGAUGUGCUGCAUGUGCUGGACUGCGGGGAUGAGGAGUGGUGGCAGGCCCGUAAAGUCAGCCCCCAGAAUGAGGCCGAGGAGGUCGGCUUCAUCCCCAGCAAGCACAGGGUGGAAAGAAAAGAGUGGUCUCGUGGUAACACCAAAGAGAGGGACCACGGUCGGGACAGCUUGGGCCCUCAAGGGAGAGAUAAAACAUCGCAGAGUUAUGAGACAGUCACCCAAGUGGAAGUUCAUUACGCGAGGCCCAUCAUCAUUCUGGGUCCCGUGAAGGACAGGAUAAACGACGACCUGUUGUCUGAGUUCCCCGAUAAGUUUGGAUCUUGUGUCCCACACACCACGCGGCCCAAGAGAGAGUAUGAGGUGGACGGGAGGGACUAUCACUUUGUGUCGUCGCGGGAACAGAUGGAGAAGGACAUCCAGAGCCAUCGGUUCAUCGAGGCCGGCCAGUACAACAGUCACCUGUAUGGCACCAGUGUCCAGAGUGUCCGCGAGGUGGCUGAGCAGCAGGGGAAACACUGCAUCCUGGAUGUAUCGGCCAACGCUGUGCGCAGACUACAAGCAGCUCAGCUUCAUCCCAUCGCCAUCUUUGUACGGCCCAAGGCGCUGGAGAACGUCCUAGAGAUCAAUACUCGUCUGACGGAGGAGCAGGCCAGGAAAGGAAUGGACCGAGCCCUAAAACUAGAACAAGACUUUCUAGAGUGCUUUUCAGCUGUCGUGGAAGGGGACAGCUUUGAAGAGGUCUAUCACAAAGUAAAGACAGUGAUCGAGGAGCAAUCAGGGCCUUACAUCUGGAUCCCCACUCGGGAGAGGCUGUGAUGCUGCACCCCCGCCCCCGCCCCGCU